AAUGGAGCUGCCGCUGCCUCUUACGGCGUAUUCUUUCAAAAACUCCAUGCUUAAAACCCGGGUUUUAAUUGUUUUCCUCUCCAUGGUUUUGUUCACUACCAUGCUGGGCCUCCUGCAACUGAAGUUCUUAAGAGCCAAAGUCAAAGACUUUUAUUCUUUUGAAGCAAAAGAUAUGAAGGGGAGAACCAUUUCCUUGGAGAAGUACAGAGGCAAAGCAUCUCUGGUUGUAAACGUGGCUAGCCACUGCCAGCACACAGACAAAAAUUACAUCAUGCUGCAGGAACUGCACAGAGAAUUUGGGCCCUCUCACUUCACGGUGCUAGCCUUCCCCUGCAACCAGUUCGGGGAGUCAGAGCCGGGCACAAACCAAGAAAUCAGCGCAUUUGCAAAAACAAAUUAUGGAGUCACUUUCCCCAUUUUCAGCAAAAUAAAGAUUCUGGGAUCGGAAGCAUUGCCAGCAUUUAAAUUUCUCAUAGAGUCCUCCAAGAAAGAGCCUAGGUGGAAUUUCUGGAAGUAUCUCGUCAGCCCUGAAGGUAAAGUUGUGAAAUUCUGGAGACCUGAAGAGCCCAUAGAAAGCAUCAAGCCAGAUAUAGCUGCUCUGAUUAGACAGAUCAUCGUGAAGAAGAGAGAAGACCUGUGAAGAGCCAACACGUUGUGUUGCGAUUUCUUUAUCACUACAUCGCCACAUGGC